AUGAAACGUGAUUGUCCAUCCGGUCAACUGAGUAAAAAAAAGUUUAUAGAGGUUUAUUCAGGAUUCUUUCCCGACGGUGAUGCCGAAGAAUUCUGCACACAUGUCUUCCGGACUUUUGAUAAGGAUAACUCUGGUAAAAUUGAUUUCAAAGAGUUUCUUCUUGCCAUCAAUAUAACUUCUGGUGGCAAGCCUGAGGAAAAACUCGAAUGGGCCUUCCAAAUGUAUGAUAUAGACGGAAAUGGGACAAUCGAGAAGGCGGAAAUGGUUGAAAUUAUCAAAGCUAUCUAUAGUAUGCUGGGUGCCGAUGAAUCGACAGUUGAUCUCACUCCUGAGGCACGUACAGAUGAGAUCUUUGAAAAAAUGGAUUCCAAUCGAGAUGGAGUUCUGACUCGAGAAGAGUUUAUGGACGGGUGCAUGUCGGACAAACAAUUGUAUUCAAUGCUACUUGCUGACGAGCCAGCUGAAUAA